GAAACGUUUCCCUAAAACACGGGGGCGCACGGGGGUGUCACGAUCUCCCCCGGGAGAAGCGGAUCUUGCGGAGCUCUCAUGUCCGCCGGGAGGGCGACCUGUCAGUGAUUGGACAGUGCAGCUGCACCUCGUCCCGGCAGCAUGCUGCCCGCGUCCGCGUCUUUUCUGCUGCCCACAUUCCCCAACGCCGCGCCCGUACCGUGUACCGGUGGUGGUCGCCCUCCCCUCCUCGUCCUCCCAGCUUGUCCUCUUCUUUCCACCAGCUUGCUUUUGGUCGCUCCAACGCCGCCGCUACGUGCUAAACCAUGGGGGAAAGGGAAGGGUGAGAGGCUAGUGCUGAGCCGCGCCUGCUAGCGGGACUAGUUUACUGCUGCUGAGGGAACACCCUGUUGUGGAGCAGGUGAGUGAGCUCCUUUUAGUCGGGGUCAGGUGAACUCACAGGCAAAACGGCCGCCCAUUGGAUUGGCGCCUGUCCGCCUCUUCCCCUUUCGUUGUGCCUAUUCGUUGGCGUGCACUACCCGUCUGGUCAUUUCGUCCUCCGUUGGGCUUGUGCUGCUGCCUGCUAGUGGUUCUCGAUUUCUCCUGGGAAAAGUUUUCAGGUAGAACACGCGUACAUUUGGCAAAUCGGCAGGUGUUAUCUUGUGAUAUCGUCUGCAAAGAUGAGAUUGUGAUGGAUCCUAUCCAAGAUUGCUUCGGUCCCUGGAGGAUUUAGGAGUCCUAGAAUCCAAAUGCAGAAACCAGUCUCCUGACAGAAAAAAGGACAGUUGCGCACGUGGUGUUCGUCAAAAAGCCGCACCGCACUGAGGGAGUCGCAGCUUGCGACCAUCAGAAUCGUCACAAUGAGAGAUUUUGCAUCUUGCCUAAACCAAAGUGCCGUCCAGGUUGCGCAUUCCUCUUCCUCAAGUGGGCAGAACUUCGUGCAGUCUGCGUACGUGGCACGCCUGCGUGACAAGCCUUGCGUGGUCACCGUCACUUGGAGCAAGGUGGCCAUGGGGCAGGCUUUCGCCAUUGCCAUCCAUGACUACUCCAACCGUUGCCUCUGCAAGGCAGAGGUGAAGCCCUGGCUGUUCUCCAAGAGGAAGGGUUCCAAGGUCAUGGAAUUGGAUAGUGGCAAUGUGGAGAUCAUCUGGGACCUGUCAGCUGCAAAGUUCGCAGCAGGGCCAGAGCCACUCGAAGGCUUCCAUGUUGCUCUGCUCUAUGGUCUUGAAGUUGUCCUUGUUUUAGGUAACCUAAGCAAGGAGGAGGAUCACCGGGUUUUGUCAGAUGCUUCUCAUUGUGAUGCAGUCAUGAUAGCUAGGAAAGAGCACAUUUAUGCGAAGAAGAUGUAUUCCGCGAAAGCUCGAUUUUUGGACAUUGGUCAGAUUCAUCACAUCUCCAUAGAGUGUGACAUGGCAGGGGUGAGGGAUCCCUGCCUAGAGAUUAGGAUCGACAAGAAGAAAGUGUUGCACUUGAAGAGGCUGGCAUGGAAAUUCAGAGGGAACCAGACUAUUUAUGUCGAUGGACUUCCAGUGGAGGUGCUAUGGGAUGUGCAUGACUGGCUAUUUGGUUCCACAAAUGGAUGCGCUGUAUUUUUGUUUCAAUCAGGCCAGUCCAUGGAAAAAAUCUUGUUCAGAACAUGCUCACAGAAUGAAAAGGAGGCUGAAGCACAUCGUCUUGGUUUCACAUUGAUAUUAAAAGCGUGGAAGACUGAGUAAGCACUAGGCUGAAACGUGAUGGCAGGUUUCUUCAACCACUCUGCUCUUAAUGUUGAAUUAGUAAGAGUAGGAAUCUAGGAUCUAGCAAGUGUAACAAGAUCCUUGGCAAGAAUUCUGUGCUUGUUACAUAUGCUGUCCUAGCGGUAGUUGAGAUUUUGAAUAUGCAUAUGAUCUUUGAUAUAUCAUCAAAGCUAGUUAGAUAGGAUGUGGGACUCUGGUGCUCAGGUCAUUUGACAUAAUGUCUCACAAUUUAUACUUUUUGAUGGGAAGUUCAGGAUAGAAUAUUGAAAAUGAUGUCUACACUUCUGAUGUCUUUGCAAUUGUUAUGCCACGACUCACGUGUUUAAAAUUACACUCGGUACAUAUGGCAUUAAAUUGAGC